GAGAAACGUGGCUUUACACGAAACGAUAUCAGGUGCCUUUAAAUUCAAGAACUCUCAGAAAAAAUUCAUCGUUUGUUGGUCCGUCUGUCAGUUCAGCUCGUGUAAUUUUGUUGCGUUCGUGCGAUUGAAAAUGCUCCGAGGUCUCAGCAUUGUGGGUUUCGUUUCGCUCUGUGUAUGCGCCCUGAGUGUGUCGGCCACUAAACUGUUUUACCCGCCUUUAGCCAGAGUAUCGGAUGAAGACCAUUACAAAAAGGGGGAACAUAAUCUUGAAUACGACCAUGAAGCUUUUCUCGGCCGAGCACUAUCUUCGGAAUCGAGCAAACUACCUGUUGACGAAGUGAUGGAAAAACUUUCGGAACUGUUCCCCAAAAUAGAUGUCGAUAACGACAAGAAAAUCUCAAUUCCUGAGCUGUAUGGAUGGAUUGAACAGCACAUGAAAAAACAUGUGUUGCGCCAGGCUGAUCUAAAAAUGCAGGAUAUGGAUUCGAACAACGACGGCAAGAUAUCAUGGGAAGAGUACAGGGAGACCCAGUACCCUUCGUCCACAGAAAAAGGCCUCAAAGAGAAAGGUCUUGGGGAAUUCAAGAUAUUAGUCUCACGUGAAAAGAAGCGAUUUGAUUUUGCUGACACAGACAACGAUAAAGUACUGUCCCGUGAAGAAUUGUCAUUUCUCCUCCAUCCCGAGGAGUCCAAAAGGAUGACUUCGUACUUCGUUGAGGAAAGUUUGGACAUCUUUGACACAGACAAGGACGGAAAAAUAUCCGUUGACGAAUACCUUGGGGAUGAAGUGAACAGGCUUUCUAAGUCAAAGCUUGAUGUGCUCAAAAAAAGUUUUAAUAAAGAACUAGACUUGAACAAGGAUGGAUUUCUUGACAGGAACGAGAUUCGAGAAUGGAUCUUUCCCGGCGCGCAUGAGGAUCCUAUAUUAGUCGAGGCAAAACAUCUUAUGAAGGCAGGCGAUGACGACAAGGAUACUUUCUUGACAGAAGAUGAACUUAUAAAGCACUAUGAUAUUUUUGCUGGAAGUCGAGUAACUAGCUACGGAGAUCUCCUUAAAGAUGAAUUAUGAAACAGAUUCAAUGUAGCGACCCCAUCGGAUUGUAGAUUGUAAUUUUUUUGGUUUCUCGCGAUAUUGCGCUGAUCAACUACCGCAUUAGAAUAAUAUGCACUGUUGAUCUGUGACCUUGUAGAAUCAUCAUUAUCUCUAAACAUAUAUUAUCGUAUCCUCGUUUUUCCUACAUCCUUCAUCUGUUGUUUGUCCUUUAUAUCGUGUGUUAGGAAAAACUUGAAAUAAAAAAGAGAGAACUAGGCGUCAA